GGUAGGAGUUUGUAUUUUGCAGAGCGGCAGCAUGGACUCGGCCAAAGGAGAGCAGCACUCCGCUGAGCAAGCUGCGUCUUUAUUCGGGGCAUCAGAGAUGGAGAGCCAAGGAAGACAAGCUGACCGGGGGAAGAAGAGGAAUAACUGUAAAAUCAUUACUGGGGUUCUGCUGCUGUGUUUACUGGUGCUCAUCCUGGCUGUGGCGUUGUCUCUGAGAAAGAGCAAAAAUGAGAACGGAGGUCAGAUCUGGCUGCAUGAGGCCGAUGUCGAAAUUCAACAGCCGACGUGUCCGCCUGGUUUUUCCAGGCCUCCUCUCAUCCUGGUGUCCUUGGAUGGAUUCAGGGCAGAGUACCUGAAGGAUCACAGCAGCCACCUUCCUGUCAUCAACAAGUUACGAAAUGCUGGGACAACAACUCCAUACAUGCGGCCUGUCUAUCCCACAAAGACUUUUCCCAACCACUACAGCAUUGUGACUGGUCUUUAUCCCGAGUCUCAUGGGAUUGUGGACAACAAAAUGUAUGACGUGACCCAAGAUGCUUUCUUCAGCUUGAAAACUGAUGAGAAAUUAAACCCAAAAUGGUAUCAAGGAGAGCCAGUCUGGAUCACUGCCAUGCGACAGAAACUGAAAACAGGAACCUUCUUCUGGCCCGGUUCUGAUGUGGCCAUCAAUGGCACCUACCCAGACUAUUACACUGUGUAUGACAAGAGCAUUACAUUUGAGAAGAGAGUGUCCAAGCUUUUUGAAUGGCUCAAGUUACCUCAGGGACAAAGACCUGACUUCUACACUUUGUACCUGGAUGAACCUGACUCAUCUGGACAUCGUUAUGGACCAGCGAGCACACAGGUUGUUGAAGCCUUGGAAAAUGUGGACAGGAUUCUGGGCACGCUGAUGGACGGUCUGACUCAGAGAAACCUGCAGCACUGUGUCAACCUGAUAAUUGUAUCGGAUCACGGCAUGGAGGAGGCUUCAUGUGAGAGGGCCUCAUAUGUGUCCAGCUUCAUCGACAAUACAGCUGACUUUUCUGUCAUCCAAGGCCCGGCUGCUCGCAUCAGACCCAGUCGCCUCCCCGAGAAUUUCUUUUCCUUCGACUAUGAGGGCCUGGUGAAGAACCUGUCGUGCAGGACCUCAGACCAGCCAAUGAGGCCGUACCUCAAAGAAAAUCUCCCUAAGAGGAUGCACUUUGCUAACAACAAACGUAUCGAAAGAGGACACCUGUAUAUGAAGAGUGGAUGGCAGGCUGCACUAAACCGCAAGGAACUGAAGUACUGCACCGGGGGAUACCACGGCUCAGAUAACCUCUUCACCAACAUGCAGGCGAUCUUCAUUGGCUACGGUCCAGGAUUUAAAGCGAGCACUGUUGUGCCCCCGUUUGAAAACAUUGAAGUAUACAACCUUAUGUGUGAUCUCCUCGAUAUUCGUCCAUCUCCGAACAACGGGACUCACGGCAGUCUGAACCACCUUCUGAAGCGACCUGUCUACCUGCCAGUUCACCCAGCACAGCUCUCACAUGACAUCCCCUGUGAGUCCAGUGGCACCGACCCUGGUGACGACCUGCAGUGCACCUGCAGUUCCCUAAACAGGACAAUGGUGACAUUCAUGAACAGACAUCUCAUGAACACUAGCUCCAGUGUCAAAGCUACUUUACGCCGCCUCCACCAUCCCUUUGGCACUCCUCGAGUCAUCCAACCGGACGCCACCUUUUGUCUCCUCCACCACUCCAGCUACCUCAGCGGGUACAGCAAAGACCGCCUCAUGCCCCUCUGGGUGUCUUACACCAUCCAGCCUCUGACCAGAGUCCGACCCCUGAGCCCAGAGUCGGAGGCGUGUGUUCGUGCUGACAUCCGCAUCCCACCGGCCGCCAGCCAGCUGUGUCUGCGCUACAGAGACGACCCCACUCUGUCCUACGGUCUGCUGCAUCCCCCCAAUCUGAGUGUCAGUGGACCAGAGACAGACUCUCUGCUCACAAGCAACAUGGCACCAAUGUUCCCUGCAUUUAAAGAUGUUUGGGUCCAUGUCCACAAUGUGCUGCUCCCAAAAUAUUCUCAACAAAUGAACGGAGUCAACAUCAUGAGUGGGCCGAUAUUCGAUAGAGACUACGACGGAAACGUUGAUGCACUCAAAGCAAUCUCAGGGAAUGAGGCUCCCAUUCCGACACAUUUCUUCAUCAUCCUGACCAGCUGUGGGAACUCGACCUUCAGCCCUGUAAACUGUGAGGGUCCCCUGCAGGCCAUGUCCUUCAUCCUGCCUCACAGACCUGACCACACAGAGAGCUGUGCUGAUGGGUCGGACUUGACGUGGGUGGAGGAGUGGCUGCAGUUUCACUCAGGGCGAGUCCGAGACAUCGAGCUGCUGACCGGACUCAGCUUCUACCACGACAGGAUAUCAGUGGAGGAGACGCUACAGCUCAAGACGCAUCUACAGUCUGCUUAAAGAGACAUUACCUAAUGACGUUUUAAUGUCCAAAGGAAGCCAUAUUGGUCUGCACGACAGGCCUCAGUCCACCUGAACACAGUAAAACGACCAAAUUAAAUUCCAUCCAGGGUUUUUGUUUUUCAGAUGUACAAUUUCCAAAAAGUGUUUUAUAACAAAUCAAUGUCUGAGAGCCUUUUAUAUAUAUAUGUUUGUUUUUGAUCAUGUUUUUUAUAAAUGAUUUUAUAGAGAAAAGUCAGAGGGCAUUUAUAUUAAUGAGACUCUGUAGCUCUGAACCAAAGAUGCCGUCACAUCUGCUGAGUGGCUCCAAAGUGUUUCCUGACAUGAGAAAAUUUGGCAGGAAAUAAAUAAAAAGGGAAAAAGAGACAUUAUUGAUGAAAGGAGAAUCUAUUUAUACUACAGUUGCUUUUAUUGGCAGGAGCACUUCGAGGAACAACAAGACAAUCUGGAAAUAGUUGUCUCUGCUGCCAAACAUCUGGAGCGCUGGCUGCAGCCGCCCGACAAACACCCAACAUACGAUUUGCUCCUCAAAGAGCCACAUUCAAUCUGCCAAAUGUUCUCAUUGUAUGUUCAUGGUUGUUAUUUUUGUGAUUUCUUUAUACAGCACCACUGUUGUCUUCAGUAUUUUGUAAAUUUCUGGUCUGAUUAAUGCCAUUUUGAGAUAAUUAUUGAAUUUUGAGCGUGUGUGCGUAUAAAUGUACGUGUACUGUAUGCAUGGAUGGAUUAUGAGACACAUUUGCCUCUGAGCACACGUAAAAUGCCCUCAACGUCUCCUACAGGCUUACAAAUGUGUGUAUUUUUACUUGACCUCUAUGGAAAAUGUCACAAGAUGUGAAAGACCCACAAGGAAUUGAUUAGAAAGAAAGUAAAGUACCUUUCCAUUUAAAAAAUUAUCACAGAUGCCACUUUUACACUUCAGGGUCACUUCUUUAACUUGAUAUGGAAUCUUCCUUGCAAAAUAAUGUAUACAUUUGCGUCGCUAUCUGAAAGACAAAACGACUACAAACACCAAGGCUCAUUUGUAGACAUUUUGCAUCUGUCUGUUGUCUUGUUGCAUCUCUGUGGAGUUGUUUUUCCUCUUUGUUGUCAUUUAGCAUCUUUUGGUAGUCGGUUGCAUCUCUUCAUGUUUGUUUUGUGUCUCGUUGUAGUUUGUUUUUGUGUCUCACUGUAAUAGCAAGGUCAUUUUGCUUCUCUGUAGUUAUUUUGAGUCCCACAAAACAGCUUGUUUGUGGUUUUAUUGAGUCAUGUGGCUGUUUUAUGUCACUUUGUUGUCAUUUUGUCUCUUUUGUAGUUGUUUUGUGUCCGUCUGUUGUCUUUUUGUAUCUCUUUGUUGUCAUUUGGCAAUCAUUUUGUGUCUUUUUGUUGACACUUUUGUCUCUUUGUAGUCAUUUUGUGUCUCUUUGUGGUUGUUUGGCAUCUCUUGAUGUUUCAAUUUUACCUCUCUAGCCAUUUUCAGUCCCUCAAAACAGCUCACUUGUAGUUGUGUUGUAUCUCUUGUGGUUGCUUUACACCUUUUAAGGUUGCAAUCUUGACGUCUGAGGUCUCUUUGCAUCUUUUUAUGAUUUGAUGAUCCGUUUGUUGUGGUUUUAUGUUACUUUGUGUCUCUUUGUACCUUCUAUGUGUCUGUAGUUUGCGUCUUUCUGAUGUGGUAUCUUUAGUUUUGCUAUCUUUGCAUCACUAGGCAUUUUCAAUGUCGAAACAGCAUGUUUGUCAUUGUAUUAGGUCUAUUAGGUUGUCGUUUCACGCCUUUUUAAGGUUAUAUUUUGUCUUGUGUGGUUGCUUUACAUGUUUUCAUGGUAAUUUUUAAAUUCUUGUUGUUUUACUUCAGUUUAUGUCACUUUGCAGUCAUUUUGUCAUUGUUGUGGUUUAACAUCUCUUUGUAGUGUCUUUAAUGUUUCUUUUCUUUAAUGUGUCUUUUUUCUUUUCUUCAUUGCAUCUCUUUUUGGUCGUCUAACAUAUACUUAGUGGUAGCCUUGUAGCAUCCCGUUGUAGUCGUUUUGCAUCUCUAGUGGUUUUUUGCAUCUCUUGUGACAUUCAACAGUUCAGCAGAACUCAUGAUGCGGCUGUUGCUGUGCUGUAGAGGUAAGAGAGGCUGUGUGUGUCAGGUCGUCCUAUUCAGUAAUCCAUCCAUGACUGUUUGUGUACAUGUGUUUGUGUGGUGGCUGAAAAUAUUUCUGGUAUCAGUGCAGUUUCUGUUCUAUGUUUUUAUUUGUGCUCUGGAAGUUGAGGCUUUAGUUGAGAAGUCUGACAGAUUUAUCCAGUUCCAUUCUGUGCAGUUCUGUCAGAAACGGCUGCAAGGAUCAAAUCAUUUCAUUAUAAAAGAACUCUUCUACACUAA